GGAAGGCGUGAGGGACGCGCCGGUCCCCAGCAUGGCGGCCGCCUGGCCCUCCGGGCCGGCAGCUCUGGAGACCGCGACUGUCCAGCUCCUGGGUGUCCUGUGGUUCGUGUCCGUCACCACGGGACCCUGGGGAGCUGCCGCCGCCGCCGGGGGCGAGGAGUCGCCUAAGUGCGAGGACCUCAAAGUGGGACAAUAUAUUUGUAAAGAUCCAAAAAUAAGUGAUGCUACACAAGAACCAGUUAACUGUACAAACUACACAGCUCAUGUUCAAUGUUUUCCAGCACCCAACAUAACUUGUAAAGAUUUCAGUGGCAAUGAAACACAUUUUACUGGACAUGAAGUUGGUUUUCUCAAGCCCAUAUCUUGCCGAAACGUAAAUGGCUAUUCAUAUAAAGUGGCUGUUGCACUGUCUCUUUUUCUUGGAUGGUUGGGAGCAGAUCGAUUUUACCUUGGAUACCCUGCCUUGGGUUUGUUAAAGUUUUGCACUGUAGGAUUUUGUGGAAUUGGGAGCCUAAUUGACUUCAUUCUUAUUUCAAUGCAGAUUGUUGGACCUUCGGAUGGAAGCAGUUACAUUAUAGAUUAUUAUGGAACCAGACUUACAAGACUGAGUAUUACUAAUGAGACAUUUAGGAAAACACAGCUGUAUCCAUAAAUGUUUUUAAAAAGAAACAGUUUCGGGCCUGAUUAAUUUUAAUAGUGAACUCCCAGUAUGUGGAUUUCCAGAUUUUCCUUUUUCCUUCUUCACAUAACAUUUUACAGAUUCUUUGUAACUUUUUGUUGUUGAUGAUGCUUUUGUUUUGUUGUUUUAGUUGAAAGCAUUUUAUCCUGAGAUUUAAUAGGACUUUCUUUGAGAGCUGUAUGUAUAAGAAUAGUCUUUCCUAGGCUACUGUCUCUAUGAGAUAGAUAGCUUAUCACCCGAUAUCCUGUAAUGUCUUUUCCAAAGGCAAGUUGCCACUUGUCAUUUUUGCUUCUGAAAAAUAAAAGUAUGACUUAC